AUGGUGGUGAAUUCGAUUGGCGGUGUUAUUCCGCGUGCGUCCGUCGAUCGCAGCCAGCUCGUGCAGAAUCGCUGGAAUCCGUACGCAUCCGGUGGACUCGAGCCGACCAUGCCGCUAGCGCCCGGGUACGGCUCACCGUACGACAUUUCGCCAUCGUUCUACGGGGGCCAUCCGAUGCACCAUCCGGUCCAUUCGCUUGUUGCUGCCGGCGAUGGUUCGCAGGGGUACGGGAUGAAGUUUAGCUCGUCGGCCGACGGGUAUGGGGCCAGUGCUCAUGGCAGCUCCGGAGGGUACGAUUACCAUCCACCACCACCACCUCACCCAGCUCCACCGCCCCAACCACCUUCCAUCAUCCAUUCGCUUCCACCACUGUGGCCAGCGCCAUCGCACCACGGGAAGUCCGGUAAGGGCAAAGGGGCAGCACUGUCCGCACUUACGCUGUUGGCGUUUCUGUACUUCCUGAACCUGCUGCAAAGCUGCCUCAAGGAACACAUGGAAACAAUGAACCCGACCGUGAUGGUUAUGACGGCCGGUGCAACCCGGCGCAAGGAUAUGGCCAGCAGCAUCGAGCAGGGCUCGUCCUCGGUCGAAGAUGCACCGCGGGAAGAGAUCGAUGCCGGCCCGGAUGUGGAUGCUAUCGAUCGGUACGAAGGGUUGUCCCAACGCUUCCAGCUGCUCACAUCCUCGAACGUAACGCGGAAUCCAUUCCACUCGGCCCAACCGAAACGCUCCAACCGUCCAACGCCACGCAAAAAGCAAUCUUCCGCUACGGUUUACUCGCCGAAAAGGAAUCGACCACCAACGCAACACACCGGAAGUGAUUGGUACGAUCGAAACUGA